CCACAUUUCACAAUAGCUCAAAUUAAUUCUACCCAAAAAAAAAAAAUGGCAGCCAACAAGCUCGCCGGUAAAGUUGCCGUUGUCACCGGCGGUGCUAGCGGCAUCGGCCUUGCUGCCGCUCGAGCCUUCGUCGCCCACGGGGCCCGUGCGGUGGUGAUUGCUGAUGUCCGAGCCGAUGAGGGCCGGGCCGCAGCCCUCUCCGUCGGCCCAGACGUGUGUAGUUUUUUUCGGUGCGACGUGGCCGACGAGGACCAAGUUCGGUCCCUCGUCGACCAUACCGCCGCCACCCACGGCGGCCUCGAUGUGUUCUUCAUCAACGCUGGCGUCGUUAGUGACUCGGAGCAAACCGUGCUCAACCUCGACCUCGACAAGUAUGAGGCCGUCAUGCGGGUGAAUGCGCGCGGCACGGCCGUGUGCCUGAAGCACGCGGCACGGAAGAUGGUGGAGCUCGGUUGCGUGGGUGGCGCGAUCGUGUGCAACGCAAGCGUGAUGGGGGACCGCGGGGCGGAGGUGCACACGGACUACGGCACGUCGAAGCACGCGGUGGUGGGGCUGGCGAGGUCGGCGGCGGUGCAGUUGGGCCGACACGGGAUACGAGUGAACUGCGUGUCGCCGGCGGCGGUGCCGACGGCAUUGGCGGGGAGAAUGGGUUUGGGGACGGCAGAGGAGGUUGAGGCGGCGAUGGGGCCGUACACGAGCCUCAAAGGGGCGGUGCUGACGCCGAAGCACGUGGCGGAGGCGGUGGCUUUCCUGGCGUCGGGGGAGGCCGGGUUUGUGACGGGGCACAAUCUGGUGGUCGACGGCGGACUCACCGGCCUGCCCUCCGGCGAGUGAGAAUGUAUUUUUUAUAUAUGUUUUGAUUUGAGUGUUAUUCUAUGUGAAGCUAUAUUAUUGUGAUGAUUAUUCUUGUUUUUAGUAAUUAUUAUGUAUAUUAUACACAUGCAUGUAGUUAAUUUUAUAUAGGUGGAGUAAUCACCUUCUAUUUUAGCACCAAUACUGUUAUUUUAUUGUGGAAAUCUCAAGGGUGUGCUAAAUCAUAGAAUAUCCUCGCACUGCCUUCGAAUUCUUAAAUGAG